AUGAAAAAACAACAAAAAGUAUGUCAAUGACAAAAAAAAUGAAAAACAAUGACAAGAAAAUAAAAGUAAACAUGGAAGUACGCCCUAUUGUUAAAAGGGACGCGGCAUUGCGGAGUAUCGUUGUAUUAUUUUUGUUUGCAAAUAAGCGUGUCUGCACUCUCUUCAUGUUAUUCUCUCUCGCCAAUAUCCUUCUUCCUGUGUCUUGUUUGUGUUUUUCAUUUUUUUUGGCGGGAGGGUGAUAACUUUAUUGAUUUUUCUUCAGCAGACUUUUUCUUUCUUCUGGAAGUUUUGACAAAUACUGACAUUGAAUAUUGAUUUUUUUCAGCCAAAAACAUCUCAAAAUGUCAACUUUUGUGCAAGACCGAAGAAAAAAUCGAUUCAUGCGAAGAAAGAUCGAUUCGCUGGAAAUGUGGAAUAUCCUGAUAUUUAUUUGUCUGAAAUUCUGGAAGAAGUUAAAUUAGGUGAGUUCUGGGUUAUGAAACUUCUGAAUGAGAAAAUAAACGGAGUUAUUUUCUCUAACAAGGAAACCUUUUUUACUCAACACUUCAAAUCAUGAUGAAAUUUGGUCCAUGGGUAGCUUUUGGGGUCAUAAGAACACCCUAAAAAUUUUAGUCUCCCAAUGGACCUCUGAGCCAAGUUCUGGGCUCUCAAAAAUUCGAAAAAGGCUUUUUCGGCUGAAAAUUCAUGAAAAUUCAUAUGUGCCCCUGCUCAUUCUUUUUUCCAAAAAUCAAAAUAUUUUUCCGAAAAUUUGAUUUAUUCAUGCUUUUUUGGGUGUUAAUAGUCUUUUUCUUUAAUAAAAAAACAUCUUUAAACGACAAUAACUUUUUACUUCUGCAAUUAGGACAAAAUCUGACCACAAAAUCGUGUUCAGCGUGUCAAAAUCUAUCGGAAAUGAUAUAUUUCAUUUUAAAAAUAAACAAUGCGAUGCUCUUCUUGAAUAAAUCUCGAAAAACAUCAAACAUUUAUUAGCCAUUCACUCUCGCAUUCUCGCCGCCUUGGAUGGCGCAGUCGGUAGAGCAGUCGAUUAAAGAUCCUGCGAAAGCAAGCAAAAUUAUCAAGUUCGAACCCCGCUGGGGAAAAAAUAUUUUUUUUUUUGCAAAUUUUGUUUUUGACUAAUUUCGACCUGCUGAUCAACGUAGAACACUUUAUUUUUGACCUAGACGUUCCUGUUACGAGUUAUGUCUCACCCAGAAGUUCGAACCCCGGUGAAUGUAAAUUUUUCAAAGUUUUUUAAAAUCUUGUUCCUGACUAAUGUCGACAUGCUGAUCAACGUAGAAUACUUUAUUUUUGACCUAGACGUUCCUGUUACGAGUUAUGUCUCACCCAGAAGUUCGAACCCCGGUGAAUGUAAAUUUUUCAAAGUUUUUCAAAAUUUUGUUUUUGACUAAUGUCGACCUGCUGAUCAACGUAGAAUACUUUUUUUUUGACCUAGACGUUCCUGUUACGAGUUAUGUCUCACCCAGAAGUUCGAACCCCGGUGAAUGUAAAUUUUUUAAAAUUUUAGCCUUUUUUUGAGUUUUUGAGAGCCCAGAUUUUGGCUCAGAGGUCCAUUGGGAGACAAAAAUUUUUAGGGUGUUCUUAUGACCCCAAAAGCUGCCUAUGGACAAAAUUCACCAUGAUUUGAGGUGUUGAGUAAAAAAGGUUCCCUUGUAAACCAAUUUUUCUUCCAAGAAUUGAAAAACAUAAUGAAUUUUUUCAGAACAACAAAAAUCCGCGAAUGAUUUUGAGCUGAUUUUCGAAACCAAAGAGGAACGCCUCCAGGUGAUAUCAUCAUUUUUGAAUGAAAAUUUGACGAUUUGAAGAAGAAAACGAUGCGCGUGCUAGGUUUUGCGAUUCUUGUGGAACAUAUCAGGUGAGUUUUUUUUCUUAAGAAAUUUCUUGAAAUGAAAAUUAGCUUCGAGGGGAAGUUAGGGGCUUUAGGGAACUCUAGAGUGCUACGAAAAGCUUUAGAGUACUUCAGGGAGCUUUUUUCAUUUCUAAAAUUCCUAAUUAGAUUCGAUUACUGAUGUUAUGUAGUACUGUAUCCAACAUCUACAGUAGUUUGAAAACUACAGAAUCUCAUAUUCUUUCUCGAUUUUUGAUAUGAUCUUGAACAUAGUAAAAAACUAACAUGAGCAAUGAAUUAAUUCUUGAUAACUUUAUGAAAAAAUUAAAAUGAAUCCUGAGAAUCCUCGUAAGAAGCCUAAACAAAAAACAUUUUUUCAGGAUGAAGGCAAUGCCAAACGCGAGGAAGACACACAAUCAAUUUUCCAACCACCCUCGCCACCAAAACAUUAGAAGUUCUCUCUGUCGUCAUGCAAUAAUUUUUAGUUAA